GACCGUUAGGCGGCGUCGUUGGGUCCCGGAGGCAGCACAAACACCUGGAGGUUGGAGGACCACUCUGAAGAUGUCUCACGAAGGCACGAGGCAAGCCCGAGACCGUGGGGCGACUCGAUCCAAGGCAGAGAAGGCAAGACCGCCCACCGUGCCCGUACCACAGGUGGAGAUCGUGCCGGGGCGGCUCAACGAGGCGGAGUGGAUCGCGCUCACGGCUCUCGAGGAGGGCGAGGACGUGGUGGGGGAUAUCUUGGCCGAUCUGCUAACUCGAGUCUUGGACUCCGCCUUUAAAGUCUAUCUGAACCAGCAGUGCGUUCCGUUCAUCAUCAGCCAGGCCAAGGAGGCCAUGCUGCAGAUCACCGAGUGGCGUUUCCUGGUCCGAGACGAGGGGGAGUCCGCCCUGGCCGACAGCCCCACCUGGAGCGAGGACCAGGAGACCUUAGAGUGUACGAUCGACGCCUGGGCUCAAGGCUCCGUGCCGGUGCUGCAAGCACCUGCCUCCGGCGUGGAAGGCCAAGAUCCUGGGAACCCGGACCGGAUGUCUUUGGGAAGACCGUGUGUGGAUAGCGUCUCCCAGGAGCCGCGGGACUCUUCAGAGCAUUCUGCGGAGCUGGCAGUCUCCCCGGGCCUCCAGGCCACCCCGGGGCCGCGCCUGGAGGCAGGGCCCGAGGAUACUUUGGAGGAGUCCAUCGGCCCGGAGACCUACGGCCUCUUCUCCCCCGAUUCCUUGAAUGAGAGUGUGUCGGUGGAGGUGGGACCUGCCAACCUGGUCCCGGAGCUGUUCCACGGGGCCACACCCCGGUCGUCCGUGGAGAAGGGACCGCCCCUCAGCCCCUACUCGGUGCUGGUAGACCUGCACUGUGACCUGCCCCCACCAGACGCGGCCGGGGACCGGCUGCACAGUGUGCCCCUCAUGACCCCGGCUGCCUCUGCGUCCUGGUCCUCCGCCGAGGGCCCCAGAAAGCCCAGCCCGCCAGUGUCCUUCCAGUCGCCGGCGCUAGUGGGGUCGGGUGCCUCUCAACACAGGAUGGGCUACCAGGCGGCCUUGGCGCGCUUGGACCCCGCCAAGCUUCCCUGCCCCUGGGUGCGCCCGUUAGCAGAGAUACUGGUCACAGACCCCCAGGCUCACCCCUUGGACGUCUACCAUGGGCGUCGGCGGGGCAAAAGGAUCCAGAUCCAGGCCAAGUCCCAACCUCCUGAAGCCCCCGUGGACCCCAAACUCCAUGAACCCCCGGCGGUGCACUUUCCUUACCAUACUACGGCUCCCGUCAGUCCCCUGGGCCCAGACCCCAGAUUCCAAUGUCCCAAUUUAAAUUUGGACCUACCAACACCAUCCUUUGGGUCAAAAUUGCCAUUCCCCAGCUCUGGACUCCGUUUCCCCAUGAAACACCCGGCGCUUUCUGAUGUCACCCUCAGUACCAGCCCCAAACUAUGGCCCGGUGCCAAGUGGCCCAGUGGCUGGGAAGGGGAAGCUCAGCUGCUGGGCGAGCUGUGGGCUGAACGCACUCAAGUGGCCCCUCGGAUCCUGAGAUCUCUUGAAAAGGAAGACCAGGAUUCUGGAGAGCCCGAAACAGCACCCCAUGUGCUUGAGGCCACCUCGCAGGUGCUGUGGAAGCCCAUGGUUCUGUCAGAAGCCAUAAAACUGGCUCCUGGUGUAAGAAUGUGGAACCGGAGCACACGAGGGCUGCCCAGCUCUGCUGUGCCCCUGGAGGGGGACACCUCUCCUUCAGCUGAUAGGUGCCCCAUCCAGACCGGUUUACCCAAGCAACAAAUGCCUGAGACUCCGCCAAUGAAGUCCACAGCUCCCAAAGUAUGGUUGCUCCCAUCCAAGAACGAGCCCUCCCCUCAGUCCUGAACCCCCUGCCCGUGGGAACU